GAACUGUGGCACACGGGGAUGCGCCGCUACCAACACGCCAGGCGGCGGCGCUGACCUCCGGGAGCAACGACGGGUGCGAGAUAGAGCGGCGGAGGGAGUGCCGCGGGGAAGCCUGAAGUGACGCAGCUUCCGGCGGGGCCGCCAUCUCGCCGUGAGACAGCAGGAGUGGCGCCGCGCGAUGUUGUCCUCCGCAGCCGUCUUCUCGGGUCCCGGCAGAGACCCGGCGUUGGAGCCUCACGGAGCCGCGAGCCCGUUGCAGCUGCGCUUCUCGCCUUACGCUUUCAACGGAGGUACUAUAUUGGCAAUUGCGGGAGAAGAUUUUUCAAUUGUUGCUUCUGAUACUCGAUUGAGUGAAGGGUAUUCAAUUCACACCCGGGACAGCCCCAAAUGUUACAAAUUAACAGACAAAACAGUCAUUGGAUGCAGCGGUUUUCAUGGAGACUGUCUUACCCUGACAAAGAUUAUUGAAGCAAGACUAAAGAUGUAUAAGCAUUCCAAUAACAAGGCCAUGACUACGGGGGCGAUUGCUGCAAUGCUGUCUACAAUCCUCUAUUCAAGGCGCUUCUUUCCGUACUAUGUUUACAACAUCAUCGGGGGCCUUGAUGAAGAAGGAAAGGGAGCCGUGUACAGCUUUGACCCAGUGGGGUCCUACCAGAGAGACUCCUUCAAAGCUGGAGGCUCAGCAAGCGCCAUGUUGCAGCCCCUGCUUGACAACCAGGUUGGUUUUAAGAACAUGCAGAAUGUGGAGCAUGUCCCACUCUCCUUGGACAGAGCCAUGGGGCUUGUGAAAGACGUCUUUAUUUCUGCUGCCGAGAGGGACGUUUACACCGGGGACGCACUUAGGAUCUGCAUUGUGACCAAGGAGGGCAUCAGGGAGGAGACUAUUCCCCUGAGGAAGGAUUGAUUUGUGUGCUGUUACCAUUAAUCAGUUCAAAACUGGUUAACUUUGUCCUUUGGAACUGUUCACUCACUUGUUUUAUUAAAAAUAAAACCUGAAGUUCUCA